CUUGGGGCUCUGCAGUCUUGUCUAAGGUAACAGAUGUCCCCCGGAAUUCUGAAGUCAGAAUUCCGGUGUCAUUCAAACCGGUCCGCGUAUCCCCACUAGUCCACCACGAAAUGUUAUCCAGAUUCUUGCGCGCUCGAAAUUCUUCGUUGCGUGUUCUCCUAUCUCUUCCGUUCCAGGGUUCCUGGGCUCGAGUAGUUUCGCCUGCGGCGCCGUCGACAUUCAUUUUUGCCCAUUCCAGGCGUGUCUCUCGAGGCCAUGCCGACAGUGACCGGCGCCGAAGUUGUGGCAGCGGAGGCGCAUACGGAAAAGGCUGUGCAGUCGGAGGAUGCCGCUGUUGGGGUAGGCGGCGUGCAGUCGAAGGAGGCUGCGGUUGAGGUAGGCGACUGCGCGUCUGCCGAAGGCGUCGCGCAGUCCGAGGAAGUUGUGAUUGAGGCAAGCGCAGUGGAGCGGAUGCAGGCCGAGCUCGACAGACUGCGAGGCGAGAGCGACCAGUUGCAGGCAAUGAUAGUCCGCGGGGAUGGUUGCAGCGGGGCGGGGUCAUCAGAUGCAGUCGUCGGUGGCAGAGCGAAGGCGGAGUGUGGGGGACGCUUGUUCGAUGUGACGGUUACGGCGGUUUUCGAGAACAGCGUUCGUGUGAAGUGGGAUUACGACGAGUCGGAGUGUGAGGUGUCCAAAUAUACAAGUUGGUUGAAGGCAAAUUCCGUGCGCGCGAGCACCAGGCACCAGGUGCGUGUCCUUCCGCCUGAAGCUUUCCAUGGGUCGGCGUCAUCAUGUGUAGCCGUCGGUGCCACAACGCAAGCGGAUUAUGAAGGCCGUGCAUUCGAUGUUACGAUUACGGAGGUGUUUGAAACGAGCGUUCGUGUGAAGUGGGACUACGACCAGUCGGUGUCCGAGGAGCCCAUAGAUGCGAUUCGGUUUAAGGUGGAUCUCGUGCGCGCCAGCGCCGCGCCCAGAGCGCCUGUUACUCUGCCGGAAGUUCUCCACGGCAGAGAGCCAGGGCAUCGGGCAUGCGGGCCGGCAGAGCGGCUAAGCGUUGGCGGUUUCAAGAUGGACGAUGAGGAAUGUCAGCACGCCGAGCGCUGGACCAGGGCGGACUCCCGGUGAUUCCUAUUGGCACGCGCAGCCGAAGAAUAAUUCUGAGGAUUGGCAGCUCGGCCAGCGGUGGAGCGCGCCAGACCCUGAUGGAGAUUUCGACGGGUGCGCUCAGCCACAGAGCGAGCAAAUUAAGGUGGACGACUUUGUGCAGAA